AUGAUGGAGCCGCUUCUCAUGCUCACCGCGCUCCUCCUCGCGCACGCGGUGGCUACCCUGGUGCGCGCGGCCGUCGCCCGCCGGCGGCGCUCGCGGUGCUACCUGCUGGACUACGUGUGCCACAAGCCGAGCGACGACCGCAAGGUGAGCACGGAGGUCGGCGGCAGCUUGAUCCUGCGCAACAACCGCCUCGGCCUCCCCGAGCUCCGGUUCCUCCUCCGCGUCAUCGUCCGGUCCGGCAUCGGCGAGCACAGCUACGGCCCGUGCAGCAUCCUGGAGGGCCGCGAGGACUCGCCCACCCACCGGGACGCGCUCGACGAGAUGGACGCCUUCUUCGACGAGGCCAUCGCGGAUCUCUUCGUGAGGACCGGCAUGUCGCCCGGGGACGUCGACGUGCUCGUCGUCAACGUCUCCCUUUUCUCCCCGGCGCCGUCGCUUGCCUCCAGGGUCGUGCGCCGCUUCGCCAUGCGCGAGGACGUUGCCGCGUACAGCCUCUCCGGCAUGGGGUGCGGCGCCGGCCUCGUCGCGCUCGACCUCGCGCGCAAUGCGAUGCGGGCUCGGCCGGCGUCCACGCUGGCCCUCGUGGUCUCGUCCGAGUCCAUCGCCCCCAGCUGGUACGCCGGCACCGACCGGUCCAUGAUGCUGGGCAACUGCCUCUUCCGAUCCGGAGGGGCCGCCGCGCUGCUCACCAACGACCCGUCGCUCUGCGGCCGCGCCAAGAUGGCGCUUCGCCACCUCGUCCGCACCAACACCGCCGCCGACGACAAGGCGCACACCUGCGCGCAGCAGCGUGAGGACGACGACGGCCGCGUGGGGAUCAGCCUCGGCAAGGCCUUGCCCGAGGCGGCCGUCCGGGCCUUGACUCUCAACCUGCGGCGCCUCGUCCCGCUCGUCCUCCCCGUGGCCGAGCUCCUGCGGUUCGCCGCCCAGCACGUAUCUAGCAUGCUUCUAUCCCAUUUUGGCAUGCACGUGAAGGCAGCCGGACGUCCCGGCGCCAGGAUCAACUUUAAGACCGGCGUGGAGCACUUCUGCCUCCACCCGGGCGGCGCCGCCGUCAUCGAGGCGGUGAAGGAGAGCCUCGGGUUGGACGACGACGACGUGGAGCCAGCGCGGAUGACGCUGCACCGGUGGGGGAACACGUCGGCGAGCAGCCUCUGGUACGUGCUGUCGUACAUGGAGGCCAAGGGGAGGCUGAAGAGAGGAGAUAGGGCGCUGAUGCUCACCUUCGGGUCGGGGUUCAAGUGCAACAGCUGCCUAUGGGAGGUGACCGGCGACAUGGCUGACAAGGGCGCCUGGGCAGACUGUGUCGAUGAAUACCCACCGGAGAGCACCACCAACCCCUACAUGGACAAGUACAGCUGGGUGAACCAACAAGCUUAA